UUUCGCUGGAGAAUGAGUUAUUGUUCUUAAAAUGGCGCCGUUGGACCUGGACAAGUAUGUUGAAAUUGCAAGACAGUGUAAAUAUCUUCCAGAGAACGACCUCAAGAGAUUAUGUGAUUAUGUAUGUGACCUACUACUAGAGGAAUCAAAUGUACAGCCAGUAUCCAGUCCAGUUACUGUUUGUGGUGACAUCCAUGGACAGUUUUAUGACUUGUGUGAACUUUUCAGAACUGGAGGACAAGUACCAGACACAAACUACAUUUUCAUGGGUGACUUUGUUGACCGAGGGUAUUACAGUUUAGAGACGUUCACAUACUUGCUAGCACUUAAAGCGAAGUGGCCAGACCGCAUCACACUGCUGCGUGGGAAUCAUGAAAGUAGGCAGAUAACACAAGUGUAUGGCUUUUAUGAUGAGUGCCAAACUAAGUAUGGAAAUGCCAAUGCUUGGCGAUACUGCACUAAAGUGUUUGAUAUGCUGACUGUUGCUGCGUUGAUAGAUGAGCAGAUCCUGUGUGUGCAUGGUGGCCUUUCACCUGAUAUCAAGACUCUGGACCAGAUUCGCACCAUUGAGCGGAACCAGGAAAUCCCCCACAAGGGGGCAUUUUGUGACCUUGUCUGGUCUGAUCCAGAGGAUGUUGACACUUGGGCUAUCAGCCCAAGGGGUGCAGGCUGGCUCUUUGGUGCCAAGGUCACCAAUGAGUUUGUCCAUAUUAACAACCUGAAGUUGAUUUGCCGUGCACAUCAGCUUGUUCAUGAGGGCUACAAGUUUAUGUUUGAUGAGAAGCUUGUGACGGUGUGGUCAGCCCCCAACUACUGUUACCGCUGUGGCAACAUUGCCUCAAUUAUGGUGUUCAAAGAUGUGAAUACACGGGAGCCCAAACUGUUCCGUGCCGUGCCUGAUGCGGAGCGAGUCAUUCCACCCAGAACCACAACGCCCUACUUCCUCUGAGGGCAAGAUCUUUGAUGCCCACUGUCUCUCCCCUGGUUCUCAUCUUGGUCAACCUUUUUUUUUUUUUUUUUUUUGGGGGGGGAGUGUUGUACAUCCCUUCUCACUGAGAUUAGAUUGAGGAGCCCUAAGAAUAUUGCUAGCCCUCAUGAGAAGUGCAAGCUUGUCAUGUAGAAAUUUUGGUGGAAAGUCAGCAGUGGUUCCACUUGUUUUUGCGCAACUUCUUAAAAUAUGUACACCACUUAGUCAGACCAAGGGUUUAGGUCUUCGAAUAUUGAUGUGUUCAGAUGGUUUAAUCAGGCCUUGUUGUCUUGAGUGUAAUGGAAUUGCAAGAUGGGUGAGGUUAGACUGGGUGAUGAGACAGAGGAGGCUGUGAUUUAUUUUGUACAUUUAAAAAUUGUAUUGAUUUUCAUCCUUUUUUUCCCCAGAUUUGUUGUAUUUUAUUAUUGUAGAGAUGGUGACCAACAUACCAAUUAAAUAUUGAAAAAUAAACCCAUUUAUUAUUAAUUUAAA